AUGAGUGAAUCAACAUUAACAAAUCUUGAUGGAAUUCCUCAAUAUGCAUCUGUUGAUACACAUCAUUAUCAUACACCAAUGAUACAUCCAACAAAUGUUGAUGAUACUUCAAAAUCAAUGACAAUUAUCGUUCAAAAUCCAUUUGAUGAUCCAUCUAAUAAUAUGAAAUAUCUACAUGAUUCAUCAUUACAACAUCAAGUAUCUGAUAAUUUAUCAUUAUCGACAAAUAAUAUGUCAACAUCACAUAAUAUUAUGCCACAUUCUGUUCGUUUCAAUCAAGAAUUAUUAAAUACUUUCAAUAUUAAUAUUCCAAUAUCGAGACAAACAGAACCUUCAUCACCAAAUCCAACUUCGAUUACAUCGCUUAUACCUCUUCCAUCACCAUUAUCAAAUAAUCUAGGUGUUAACAUACAUCAAUCGAAUCAAGCAUCAUUAACACCAACAAUAAUUGGCACAUAUCCAACAUAUCAGCCAUCUUCACAUAAUAAUUUUGAUAAUUAUCAUUCGAAUCCAACUGGCAUUUAUAUGAAUAAUCCUCGACCUAUUCAUAGUAAAGUUAAUCCACAUAACGGAACAGCACCAAUUAUUUUACGUUAUCCAACAAUGGUACAAACACAACAGUAUGGACAUCAGAUGAUGAAACCACGCAUGAUAUCUCCAAAUACUUACGGAACAAUACUACCACAACAAUCACCGAUUAUUUAUGAUCCUAGUAUUCUAUAUCGAACUGAUGGACAACAAUCUCAUCAUGUACCACCCGAUGAUAAUAUUCUUAAAUCGUUAUUACAAAUCAAUUCACAAGUUUCAUCAGAACCUGCACUAAAACCUCAAUCAACACCCAACGGUCAUGAUCAAAGUUUUAAUCCAAUUCUUAAAGCACGUAGAAAACGUAAAGCCAAUGAUUUAAAUACAUCAUGUGAAAAUGAAGUACCAACAAAAUCACGUAAACGUAAAAAAAAAAGUACGGAAGAAGCAGAAAAAUUUGUUGAAUAUUCAUUACAACAAUUACGUGAUUUACCUAUGCUUACUCCUGUUGAACCAUUGAUUGAUAUUAGUAAUGAAUUAUUUUUAUCUUCAUCAGUAAAUAUCAUAGAUAUAAAAAAAUCGAAAUUUCAAGGUGAAUUUGGUGAUAUUUUUAUUGAUAAUGUACAAGAUCAUUAUCGUCCAUAUCGACGAGCUCCACUAAUAUCUUCGACAAAAUCCUUAUCAACAGUCGAACGACGUUAUCGUUUAUGUUCGAAUUUACUUGAUCGACCGCCUUGUUUGCCCUCACCACCAUUAGUUGUUAAUUCAUCAGAAAAGUUAUAUGAACUUAUACAAGAUAAAAAUGAUUUACGUGAUGAUGAAAGUAUUAUAUCGACAUCAACAAUAGCUGAUAAUGAAGAUUUAAUAAAUGAUAUUCAAACGGAAAAUAUUCAUUUAUUGAAAGCAUUAUCAACAUCGUAUGAUACUGAUUUACGAUCGUUAAGUCCACUAUUAGUAUCUAAUGAAAAUCAAUCUGAUCAAAUAAUAGUAAAUUCAUCUUCAAAUGAAAAUGAAAUUGAAAAAAAUGAUCAAGCAUUUGUUGAAGAUACAGAGAAAGUAUCAGUUACAUUAACAUUAACAACUGAAGCAGCAAAUAAUGUUCAAAGUGUUAUUGCUGCUGUUGCUGAUUUACUUAAAAUAGCUUAUCCAACAACAUUUGAUGUUCAUCAAACUUUAAAUAAUAAUAAUAAUAAUAAUAAUUGUACAUGCUCAUCAACUAUAAAUAAUUCUAAUCAAAAUAAUAAUAAUAAUUUCUUAUCUUUAUCUUCACAUCUACCUAUAACUACUUUAAAUCGUGCAUCAUCAAUAUAUAAAAUUGGUCGUGAAACAAAUGUUAAUAUUCAAUCUUUAAUUGAUACACAACCAAAAAUUUGUCCAAAUUGUUUACAAAAUUCAAUAACUGAAUUUUUUUUAAAAAAACGUUUAAAUGAAUUACCAUUAAAUCUUCGUGAAAUAACACCAAAUUAUGAACAAUUUGUAUAUUUUUGUAAUGAACAAUGUUUCAAUACAUAUAUAACUAGUACAUAUCAACCACCAAUAGCACCCGUUAGUAUUAAAAAGGAACCAAUGGAUAUUGCAAUACCAAAAUAUCUCCCAUGUAAACGUCAAGAAGAACAAGUUAAUGAGUUAAAAGAUAUUAAGCGAUGGAAACGAUGGGAUUCAAAUUUAUUAACUACAACAUUUAUUCAACCAUCGAAUACUAAUGAAAUUAAUGAAUUAAUUGCAAAUAUAAAAAUACCAUUAACAUUAAAUACCAAAGAAGAUAAACGACAUUGUGCUUUUUGUAAUGGUAUAGGCGAUAUGACAACGAAUGGUCCUGGAAGAUUAUUAAAUCUUGAUGUUGGUCAAUGGUGUCAUUUAAAUUGUGCAUUUUGGUCUUAUGAAGUUUAUGAAACACUUAGUGGUGCAUUAAUGUGUGUUGAACAAGCAUUUAUGCGUUCAAUAUAUACAGAAUGUAUUAUAUGUAAACAAAAAGGUAGUAGUUUAACAUGUUUUUAUCCACGAUGUUCAAAUACAUAUCAUUUUACAUGUGCAAUGGAUAAUGGUUGCGUUUUUUAUAAGGAUAAAACAGUAAUGUGUCCAAUGCAUGCAUCGAAAACAGCAGCCAAUGAUCAAAUACUAGAAGAUAAAUCAGUCCUUAGAAAAGUUUGGAUUAAUAGAGAUGAAAUCAAACAAAUUCAAAAUUAUAUGAAUGAAGAACAUGAAGAUAAAUCUUAUAUCUUACGUAUUGGUAGUUUAAUUCUUCAUAAUAUUGGUCAAUUAUUACCACAUCAAUUACAAUCAUCUGUAUUUCAUAAUCGAAAUUUUGUAUAUCCUGUUGGUUAUACAAUUACGAGAUUUUAUUGGUCUAUGCGUAAUCCAAAUCGUCGUUGUGCAUAUAUCUGUUCAAUAAUUGAUAUGGAUAAUAAACCAAUGUUUCGAAUACGUGUACAUGAAGAUGAACAAAUAGAAGAAUUUCUUGAAUCAAGUGCAAAAGCUGUUUGGCAUAAAGUUAUUAAUGAAAUUGAUUCAUUAAGAAGAAACCAUGGUCUUGUUAAAAUAUUUCCAGUAUUUGUUAACGGGGAAGAUUUAUAUGGAUUAACAGAACCUCAUAUAAUUCGUUUAAUUGAAUCAUUACCAGGCGUUGAAAUGUUACAAAAUUAUGCAUUUAAAUAUGGUCGAUUACAAUUAUUUGAUAUGCCAUUAACUGUUAAUCCAACAGGUUGUGCACGAAGUGAACCAACAUUACGAACACAUUUUCGACGACAUGCACAUCCAUUAACAAGUUCACAUUCAAGUCGAAGCGCCGCACAGGCAAGAAAUGUGCCUGGAGCUGAAACUACUCAAAUACCAUAUCUCAAACAAUUUGUACUUUCAAAACCAACUCAAUAUAGAAAAUUAAAAAUUGAAUGGCGACAGAAUACUUACCUUGCUAAAUCACGAAUUCAAGGUUUAGGUUUAUUUGCCGCACGUGAUCUUGAAAAACAUACAAUGGUUAUUGAAUAUAUUGGUGAAUUAAUUCGUAAUGAAGUAGCGAAUAAACGAGAAAAAUUAUAUGAAGAACAUAAUCGUGGAAUAUAUAUGUUUCGAUUAGAUGAUGAUUAUGUUGUUGAUGCAACUAUGAGUGGUUGUUUAGCUCGUUAUAUAAAUCAUUCAUGCGAACCAAAUUCAAUAGCUGAAGUUGUACAAAUUGAAAAAGAUAAUAAAAUAAUAAUAAUAACAAAUCGACGUAUUUCAAAAGGUGAAGAAUUAAUGUAUGAUUAUAAAUUUGAUUUUGAAGACGAUUCAAAAAUUCCAUGUAAUUGUGGUGCAGUUAAUUGUCGUAAAUGGAUGAAUUAA